GGUGGAUCGGCUCAGAAUAGGUGAAGUGAGGAGAGUUGAGGGUGUUCAGGAAACGAGACUAGAGGGCUAUGUGGCCCUCCCUCAGUGAGAGGGCGCACUUAACGAAAGACAAGAGGAUAAGAGAAGCGAGUAGAUUGUGCAGUAACAUAGAGUGAGGGGGCUCAGUUCUGGGUGAGGGUGGGGAGAAGAGAGGCAAACCAUAGGCAAGCCCCAGUAGGUCAGGGGCGGUGAUACGAGUGCCUUUGGAGAUACUUUUUCCUGACCAGGCCGUAGGAAAAACAGCUUAACCUAGUGAGGUUGCUUUGAAACCGUUACUGUGAGAACCUUGGAGAUUCUUGAAACUGGCUGCGUUUGUGACAUCGCUGACUAACGGUGGCUCUAGAACAAGAGGACUGGACCUGCAACAAAUAGUGUGAUUCAGGCCCCAGUUCUUAGAACAGUCAAUGUUCAAACCAUCCAGGACAGACCCCCUUCUGGUCCCAAAGCACUUCUUACAUAGUUUUCCUACUGUUCACUGACAUUCAUGAAAUUGUUUCCUGUGUCCAACCGAAACUCACCUAUUUUCACUUGAAUUCAUUUUCUCAAGGAGAAAGUACUGACCCAUAUUCUUCCUCUCCUGCAACACACGCAAAAGAUAGAAAAAAAGUUUUUGCCUUGCCUUUUUAAAUUAGAAUAACCUCAGUUGCUAUAGUCUAUUCAGGGAACUGCUGCUCCAUUCAUUUAGUCUUGGUGGUUCCUUGAAUAAUCUUUUUUACAUUACUUUAAAGGGUGAUGAUGAAGUUGGGCAGGACAUGUUAAUAAAGAUCUGAUCAACGUGCUGCUCCUUUUAGCACACUGCCAGGAGUGUAAGAAGCACUUGGCAGGCCUGGGGGCUUUGGGUCUGGGCAGCCUGAUCACUGAACUCACGGCAAAUGAAGAAUUGACUGGGACUGAUGGUGCCCUGGUAAAUGAUGAAGGAUGGAUCAGGAGUACAGAAGAUGCUGUGGACUAUUCAGACAUCAAUGAGGUAGCAGAAGAUGAAAGCCGAAGAUAUCAGCAGACAAUGGGGAGCUUGCAGCCCCUUUGCCACUCAGAUUAUGAUGAGGAUGACUAUGAUGCUGACUGUGAAGACAUUGAUUGCAAGUUGAUGCCUCCUCCACCUCCACCUCCAGGACCAAUGAAGAAGGAUAAGGACCAGGAUGCUAUGACUGGUGUGUCUGAGGAUGGAGAAGGCAUCAUCUUGCCCUCCAUCAUUGCCCCUUCCUCUUUGGCCUCAGAGAAAGUGGACUUCAGUAGUUCCUCUGACUCAGAAUCUGAGAUGGGACCUCAGGAAGCAACACAGGCAGAAUCUGAGGAUGGAAAGCUGACCCUACCACUGGCUGGGAUUAUGCAGCAUGAUGCCACCAAGCUGUUGCCGAGUGUCACGGAACUUUUCCCAGAAUUUCGUCCCGGGAAGGUGCUACGCUUCCUACGUCUUUUUGGACCGGGGAAGAACGUCCCAUCUGUUUGGCGGAGCGCUCGGAGAAAGAGGAAGAAGAAGCACCGUGAGCUGAUACAGGAAGAGCAGACCCAGGAGAUGGAGUGCUCAGUAGAGUCAGAAGUCAGCCAGAAGUCUCUGUGGAACUACGACUAUGCUCCGCCACCGCCUCCAGAACAGUGUCUCUCUGAUGAUGAAAUCACAAUGAUGGCUCCCGUGGAGUCCAAGUUUUCCCAGUCAACUGGAGAUAUAGAUAAAGUGACAGACACCAAACCAAGAGUGGCUGAAUGGCGUUAUGGGCCUGCCCAACUGUGGUAUGAUAUGCUGGGUGUCCCUGAAGAUGGCAGUGGGUUUGACUAUGGCUUCAAACUGAGAAAGAUGGAUCAUGAACCUGUGAUAAAGUGUAGGAUGGUGGAGGACUGCAGGAAACUUGAGGAAAGCAAUGGCACUGAUCUUCUGGCUGAUGAAAACUUCCUGAUGGUGACACAGCUGCACUGGGAGGAUGAUAUCAUCUGGGAUGGGGAGGAUGUCAAACACAAAGGAACAAAACCUCAGCGUGCAAGCCUGGCGGGCUGGCUUCCUUCCAGCAUGACUAGGAAUGCCAUGGCUUACAAUGUUCAGCAAGGUUUUGUAGCAACCCUGGAUGAUGACAAGCCUUGGUACUCCAUUUUUCCCAUUGACAAUGAGGAGCUGGUAUACGGACGCUGGGAGGACAAUAUCAUUUGGGAUGCUCAGGCCAUGCCGCGGCUCUUGGAGCCUCCUGUUUUGACACUUGAUCCCAAUGAUGAGAACCUCAUUUUGGAAAUUCCUGAUGAGAAAGAAGAGGCUACUUCUAACUCCCCCUCCAAAGAGAGUAAGAAGGAAUCAUCCCUGAAGAAGAGUCGAAUUCUCUUAGGGAAAACAGGAGUCAUCAAGGAGGAGCCACAGCAGAACAUGUCUCAGCCAGAAGUGAAAGACCCAUGGAAUCUCUCCAAUGAUGAAUAUUACUACCCUAAGCAACAAGGUCUUCGAGGCACCUUUGGAGGAAAUAUUAUCCAGCACUCAAUUCCUGCUGUGGAAUUACGGCAGCCCUUCUUUCCCACCCACAUGGGGCCCAUCAAACUCCGGCAGUUCCAUCGCCCACCUCUAAAGAAGUACUCUUUUGGGGCACUGUCUCAGCCAGGUCCCCACUCAGUCCAGCCCUUGCUAAAGCACAUCAAGAAGAAGGCUAAGAUGAGAGAACAAGAGAGGCAAGCUUCAGGUGGUGGAGAGAUGUUUUUUAUGCGUACACCUCAGGACCUCACAGGCAAAGAUGGAGAUCUUAUUCUUGCAGAAUAUAGUGAGGAAAAUGGACCAUUAAUGAUGCAGGUUGGCAUGGCAACCAAGAUAAAAAACUAUUAUAAGCGGAAACCAGGAAAGGAUCCCGGAGCCCCAGAUUGUAAAUAUGGAGAGACUGUUUACUGCCAUACAUCUCCUUUCCUUGGCUCUCUCCAUCCUGGCCAAUUACUGCAGGCAUUUGAGAACAACCUUUUUCGUGCCCCAAUUUAUCUUCAUAAGAUGCCAGAAACUGACUUCCUUAUCAUUCGCACCAGACAAGGUUACUAUAUUCGAGAAUUAGUGGAUAUUUUUGUGGUUGGCCAGCAGUGCCCCUUGUUUGAAGUUCCUGGGCCCAACUCCAAAAGGGCCAAUACACAUAUCCGAGACUUUCUCCAGGUUUUUAUUUACCGCCUGUUCUGGAAGAGUAAAGAUCGGCCUCGGCGGAUCCGAAUGGAAGAUAUAAAAAAAGCCUUUCCUUCCCACUCAGAGAGCAGCAUCCGGAAGAGGCUAAAGCUCUGCGCUGACUUCAAACGCACAGGCAUGGACUCAAACUGGUGGGUGCUGAAGUCUGAUUUUCGUUUACCAACUGAAGAGGAGAUCAGAGCUAUGGUGUCUCCAGAGCAGUGCUGUGCUUAUUAUAGCAUGAUAGCUGCAGAGCAGCGACUGAAGGAUGCUGGCUAUGGUGAGAAGUCCUUUUUUGCUCCAGAAGAGGAAAAUGAGGAAGACUUCCAGAUGAAGAUUGAUGAUGAGGUUCGCACUGCUCCUUGGAACACCACAAGGGCCUUCAUUGCUGCCAUGAAGGGCAAGUGUCUCCUGGAGGUGACUGGGGUAGCAGAUCCCACAGGGUGUGGUGAAGGAUUCUCCUAUGUGAAGAUUCCAAACAAACCAACACAGCAGAAGGAUGAUAAAGAGCCUCAGCCAGUGAAGAAGACAGUGACAGGAACAGAUGCAGACCUCCGUCGCCUUUCACUGAAAAAUGCCAAGCAGCUUCUACGUAAAUUUGGUGUUCCCGAGGAAGAGAUUAAAAAGUUGUCCCGCUGGGAAGUGAUUGAUGUAGUACGCACAAUGUCAACAGAACAGGCCCGCUCUGGAGAGGGGCCCAUGAGUAAAUUUGCCCGUGGAUCGAGGUUUUCUGUGGCUGAGCAUCAAGAGCGUUACAAAGAGGAAUGUCAGCGCAUCUUUGACCUGCAGAACAAGGUUUUGUCAUCAACCGAAGUCUUAUCAACUGACACAGACAGCAGCUCAGCUGAAGACAGUGACUUUGAGGAAAUGGGAAAGAACAUCGAGAACAUGUUGCAGAAUAAGAAAACCAGCUCUCAGCUGUCACGUGAGCGGGAGGAGCAGGAGCGGAAGGAACUACAGCGGAUGCUACUGGCAGCAGGCUCAGCAGCAGCAGGAAACAAUCACAGAGAUGAUGACACAGCUUCUGUGACUAGCCUUAACUCUUCUGCCACUGGCCGUUGUCUGAAGAUUUAUCGCACAUUUCGAGAUGAGGAGGGGAAAGAGUAUGUUCGCUGUGAGACGGUCCGAAAGCCAGCUGUCAUUGAUGCCUAUGUGCGCAUACGGACCACAAAAGAUGAGGAGUUCAUUCGAAAAUUUGCCCUUUUUGAUGAACAGCAUCGAGAAGAGAUGCGAAAAGAGCGGCGGAGGAUUCAGGAGCAACUGAGGAGGCUUAAACGGAACCAGGAAAAGGAGAAGCUUAAGGGUCCUCCUGAGAAGAAGCCCAAAAAAAUGAAAGAACGUCCUGACCUAAAACUGAAAUGUGGGGCUUGUGGUGCCAUUGGGCACAUGAGGACAAACAAAUUCUGCCCUCUUUACUAUCAAACAAAUGCUCCACCUUCCAACCCUGUUGCCAUGACAGAGGAGCAGGAGGAGGAAUUGGAGAAGACGGUCAUUCAUAACGAUAAUGAAGAACUUAUCAAGGUUGAGGGGACUAAGAUUGUCUUGGGGAAACAACUAAUUGAGAGUGCAGAUGAGGUUCGCAGAAAAUCUCUGGUUCUCAAGUUCCCUAAGCAGCAACUUCCUCCCAAGAAGAAACGGCGAGUUGGAACCACUGUUCACUGUGACUAUUUGAAUAGACCUCAUAAGUCCAUCCACCGGCGCCGGACAGACCCCAUGGUGACAUUGUCAUCCAUCUUGGAGUCUAUCAUCAAUGACAUGAGAGAUCUUCCAAAUACAUACCCUUUCCACACUCCAGUCAAUGCAAAAGUUGUAAAAGACUACUACAAAAUCAUCACUCGGCCCAUGGACUUACAGACACUCCGUGAAAAUGUGCGUAAACGCCUCUACCCAUCUCGGGAAGAGUUCAGAGAGCAUUUGGAGCUAAUUGUGAAAAAUAGUGCAACCUACAAUGGGCCGAAGCACUCAUUGACCCAGAUCUCUCAAUCCAUGCUGGAUCUUUGUGAUGAAAAACUUAAAGAGAAAGAAGACAAAUUGGCUCGUUUGGAGAAAGCUAUCAACCCCUUGCUGGAUGAUGAUGACCAAGUGGCAUUUUCUUUCAUUCUGGACAACAUUGUUACCCAGAAAAUGAUGGCAGUUCCAGAUUCUUGGCCAUUUCAUCACCCAGUUAAUAAGAAGUUUGUUCCAGAUUAUUAUAAAGUGAUUGUCAGUCCAAUGGAUUUAGAGACCAUACGUAAGAAUAUCUCCAAGCACAAGUAUCAGAGUCGGGAGAGCUUUCUAGACGAUGUCAACCUUAUUCUGGCCAACAGUGUUAAAUAUAAUGGGCCUGAAAGUCAGUAUACUAAGACUGCUCAGGAGAUUGUGAACGUCUGUUACCAGACAUUGACUGAGUACGAUGAGCAUUUGACUCAACUUGAGAAGGAUAUUUGUACAGCUAAAGAAGCAGCACUGGAGGAAGCAGAAUUAGAAAGCUUGGAUCCAAUGACCCCAGGGCCUUACACACCCCAGCCUCCUGAUUUGUAUGAUACCAACACAUCCCUCAGUAUGUCUCGAGAUGCCUCUGUAUUUCAAGAUGAGAGCAAUAUGUCUGUCCUGGAUAUUCCCACCGCCACUCCAGAAAAGCAGGUGACACAGAUGCACCAGGGCCGAGGUAGGCUGGGCGAGGAAGACUCUGAUGUAGAUAUUGAAGGGUAUGAUGAUGAGGAGGAGGAGGAUGGGAAACCUAAGACUCCAGCCCCAGAAGGUGAAGAUGCAGAUGGUGAUCUUGGAGAUGAAGAGGAAGGAACUGUGCAACAGCCUCAAGCCAGUGUCCUAUAUGAGGAUUUGCUUAUGUCUGAGGGAGAAGAUGAUGAGGAAGAUGCUGGGAGUGAUGAAGAAGGAGAUAACCCUUUCUCUGCUAUCCAGUUGAGUGAAAGUGGGAGUGACUCUGAUGUGGGAUCUGGUGGGAUAAGACCCAAGCAGCCCCGCGUGCUUCAGGAGAACACAAGGAUGGGCAUGGAAAAUGAAGAAAGCUUGAUGUCCUAUGAGGGAGACGGUGGGGAGGCUUCUCAUGGUUUGGAGGAUAGCAACAUCAGUUAUGGGAGCUAUGAGGAGCCUGAUCCCAAGUCGAACACCCAAGACACAAGCUUCAGCAGCAUCGGUGGGUAUGAGGUAUCAGAGGAGGAAGAAGAUGAGGAGGAGGAAGAGCAGCGUUCUGGGCCGAGCGUACUAAGCCAGGUCCACCUGUCAGAGGACGAGGAGGACAGUGAGGAUUUCCACUCCAUUGCUGGGGACAGUGACUUGGACUCUGAUGAAUGAGGCUUCCUUUGGGUCUCCUUGGUCAGCCUUCCCUGUUCUCCAGCCUAGGUGAUUCACCUUUCCCCCAUUUGUUUAUAUUUGUACAGUGUCUGAUCCUGAAGUCACCAGAUUAACACCUUAGCCUUUAAAAAAUAGUAAAUGAUAAUAAAUUGGCUCUCCUGAUCUUCCUGGGGCAGUGCCACUGUUUGAUUUAAAACCAAGUACCCCCUACCCUCUACCGCUAACAAAAAGUGAGCAGUCUCCUCCUUCUCCAGUGCCCUCCUUUACCUCCACCUAUUGCUUUUGGCAUCGUUUUUUUUCUAGGAGAAGGAGGAGAAAUUAUGAAAGAACUAAUAGCUUUCUGUCCUCUUGAUGUAUUAGAAAAUUUCCAUGCAUGGUAUCGUCUCAGUUUUCUAAUUUGCAGGCCGGAACAGGUGACAGCCCCCAUGCUGGGGCAGAGACUUGAGUUCUGGUGGACCCUGUGCCACACUAAAAACAUAAAGCUAUUGGACAAACUGCCCAUUAUUGUAUUAUUUAUUUGACUAUACAAUGCCUUGUUCCUAAAUGGAUUGGAGGCAAACGGCUAUAAAUUUUUGAAACAGCCUGUAUAUCAGAAAUGAUACGUUGCCAUGUAAAUGUGUUCUGUCCCUCCCCCACCAGGGAAAACAGUAGGGAAAUGGUUAAGUUCCUUAGGGAGAAGACUGUGUCUUCCGUUUCUUUUCAUGCUUAGGAUGUGGUUCUGCGAAGAGUAGGCACACAGUAAAUUUUCCUAGAAUCAUAAAAUCCUCAACAGAUUUGUUAUUGAGCAUCUGCUCAAUGAUAAGCUCUCUGUCAGAUCCUUGGGAUGCAGCGUUAAAUAAGACACAUUCCUUUUACCCAAAGAGCUCACCAUCAAGUUGGGGGAGGGGGUUGGAAUUCAAAACAUGGUGAUAAAUCAUUACUGUGAGAUAAGUGCAAUUAAGAAGCUAGAUAUAAAGUAUAGGGGAGACAGAGGCGUGAUUAUGUCUGAAAAAGUCGGAGAAGUCUUCCUAGAGGUAAUUUUUAAGCUGAUGGUUGAAGAUCCAGUAGGAGCUUGCCAGAUGGAAAAGUCCAGGCAGAGUGUAACACGAAGUGGAAAGGCUGAAGUCUAGAAAUAGCAGAGUGUGUUCCUAGUUUGUUUGUUUGUUUGUUUGUUUGUUUGUUUGUACCUGCCUUGUUCCAGAAGGAUUUAAGGUGGUUUAUGUUCCAGUCCUUUAAUCCUGAAAUGAAUGGCUAGAGAUGUGACUGGAAGAUGGACAGGAAGCUUAUCACCAAGAGCUUUGAGUUUGAUACUUAAUGUGCAUGAAUUUUAUAUUAUAAGAAAUGAAGCGCUUGAGUGGAAUAAUAUAAUCAGACUUGUGAUUUAGAAAUUUUCUGUAUAAUGAAUGAAAGGAAAUCGAAGAAUCAUAUGUAACAAGUGUGAUCCCAUUUUUGUAAAUGACAAAACCAUGUGCGUAUAUUUAUAUGUGCUUAUAUAUAUUUGUAAAUGCAAAGGAAAAGGUCUGAAAGGAUAUAUGCAAAACUGUUGACAGUGAUAACCUCUGGGGAAUGGGAUUGGAGGGGAUGGGGGCUAUAUGAUUGUUUGUGUACUGGGUCGAGUAUUGUGCUUUUAUUUCUGUAUUGUUUGAAUUUUUUUACAAGAAUGUAUUUUUGUAAUAAAAUUUUUUUUAAAUUCCA